AUGGUCUACCUUCCCAUCGCCCUGGUGAACUUGUGGGGGGCCAGUACUUUGCACUCCUCUCCAGAACUGGCUGCCCGCCUCCAAACUGUUCUUGACCACACCAUGGAGCUGGUCUCUGCCGUUCAUAUUGCAUGCGCACAAACGAUGACUGCAAGGAGGGCACAGUCUUAUUGCUCAUACAUUCUUUCCAUAUAUACAACUACCUUCUCCUAUUUGGCCCCUGCCCACUCAUGGUGGUGUUUUCCUUUUGAGCGCCUGAUUGGAAUUCUCCAGCGGCUUCCCAUAAAUCACAAAUUUGGGGAGUUCGAGAAUACAAUGCUUUGUUCAUACAUCAAGACUACAAUGUUUUGCCGCUGGCUUGCUCGACUGGAUUGUCCGCCUGCCGUUCAAGAGUGCAGGGACAUCUUUGACGGCGUAUAUGCACCCAAGAGUUCUCAAAAUUCCUCCCAAGAGUUCGCAGAGGACCCCAUGAAUGAUACUAUUCGAGUGCCUGACUGUGCAAUGACUAGUGCUGUGCCUGAUGACCUAUAUACCCUCCUGAGACGACGAACAGCAAUUCUACGUGCGACACUUAAAUUCGACAGUGUUAUAUACAGUAGGGCAUCUACACACUUGGGGAACAGCCAAAUUCUCUACUACCCCCGAGGAGACCGGACAUUGACCCCUGUCCCUGCCAGCAUCAAAUACAUCUAUGGCACGCUGACAGGAGAAUUGGUGUUUGCUGCACAGAGACAUCUCCUGCUGGAUCCUCAUUACAACACGAUCAAUCCCUUUUCAUUUUAUCCAGACUUCCCUGCAAAAAUGUACUUGACGGGGUUGGAGAGUCGCCUAGAAAAUGUUAAGGUAACCUGGGUAGUCAGUCAUUUUGCGUGA